AUGUCUCUUCCCGACAGUAUACGUGAAUAUGGUUACACAGCGGUGCCAGCGUCUGCCAAAAAACUACUUGGCGAAUCCUACCCCAAGCCUCAGUCUCCUCCGCCGGCGUUUGCAACCAGCUCUUCUGAUAUCGCAAUCCCGAACACUGCCCUCGCCAAGCGCAUCCACACCUACGCCAAAUCCCACCUACCGGAACCCACGUACAACCACAGCUUGCGGGUGUAUCAUUAUGGGCUCGCAAUCAAACAAUACCGCUUCCCGGAAUGGAGCUUCUCGCACGAGACCUACUUUCUCGCUUGUCUGCUGCACGACAUUGGUACCACGGACGAGAACCUGCGCCAGACGCGCAUGAGCUUUGAGUUUUACGGCGGCUUUCUGGCGUUGCAGAUCCUGCAAAACAAGACUUUUUCACAAGGAGGCGCUGACAGUACUCCUGACGCUGCUGUUGCGGUGGCCCCGAGCGAGCAGGCCGAGAGUGUGGCGGAGUCGAUUAUCCGGCAUCAGGAUCUCUGCGAGGUUGGCACGGUCACAGCCGUGGGGCAGCUGCUGCAGCUGGCAACUAUCUUCGACAACACCGGAUCAUUCGUCGAACUGGUGCAUCCAGACACAAUCGCGGCUGUUUCAAAAGUGCAUCCACGGCUGGGUUGGAGUCAUUGCUUCGCAGCCACGAUUCGCAAGGAAAUUGCACUGAAGCCCUGGGCUCAUUCGACGGCGCUUGGCGAGGAGGAAUUUGCGGCCAAAGUGCUGGGAAACACAGUCAUGGCGCCAUUUGAGUGA